AUGGAUGACACCAACAGAGAUAAGUCACCGCUUAAGGCGGUCCGCUGGGGCGAGUCAUCGCAUUCAGGCUCUAAUACUCAGGUGGGACUACAGACGAAACCGCGUAAGGGAAGAAAAAAGUCAUCCAGUGGUAGUCUUACGACUUUUGAGUUGCCAGUUACCAGCUGUGGCGAAUCAGCUGUGGAUCUCGCCGAUGCGUUCGCAGUUCAUCCACCUCCCGCGUUUCCACCGCAACAGCAGCACAAGGCAGAGCAGCAGCAGGUUCAGUCUAGGGAAGCCGGACGGCACACGCGUAGCGAGGUACCGUUGCGUGAUCCGGAGAAUCAGGGCGCGAAAGCGACUCGUUCUCCACCCAAUAGCGGGGAAUUUGCGGUCGUUGGUGCGCUCACAGAGGGGCAGGCGGAUGAUUCGGGGCAAACUGGCGGCAGCGGCGCAGGAAAACGCGGGAAAAAAGGGCGGAAGAAGAGCCAGAGCGCCGCGUCGCUUCAGCCUUACGAGGCCGCACAGCUGGAUGGUUACAUGCAGCCAGGCGGUUACAUGCAACCUGGCAGUUUCUCGCAACUUCAGGGAGGUUACUUACAACACGGUUACAACGUGCAGCUGCAGCAGCCGUCGGCAACGCAGCAGACCCAGCAGUGGCAAGACGAGUGGACGCUUCUAGCAGACGGAGAGGAAACGGCCGAGCCUGGUUACCAGCCGGCUGUUCCCUUCGCUAGUUCGCAAUCCGUAACUGCCGGUCCGCACACGUCAAAGCCUCUGAACCAUGGGGUAUCUCAGAACGCGCGGCAGCAGAGGGCGUUGGCGGAAGGCGUAGGGGAGUCAUGUGAUGGUGAGCGGGAGAGAAACGAUAGGAACCUUCCGACAGAGAGGCUUCUGAUUCAGGCGCCGCCAGGGGAGCUCGUGAUGCUUCCGCGGAGCAAAUCGGAAGCGGGUAGGGGCGGGGUUGCGCUUAGGAGGGGGAGAGCCCGCGUGGGAGCAGCCGCGAUUGGGUCGGUGGGCUCUGAGGCGGAACUCGCGCAAGGGGUGGUACGGCGGGCGUCGCUGGGGGAACCGGAGGCAGAGGAGGGGAGUGAUCGGACGGGCGUGGUCGCACAGAAGGCGCGUGCGACGGGUGCGAAGGCACGGAGGCGACAGCCGAGCGAGGAUAGCGCCAGCAGCACCAGUGGCUGCAGGGGUAGCAGCGGAAGUUCGGUGGGAGGUAUGAGCAUGAUACACUCUCACCCGCAGCAGCAGCCGCAGCAGCAGCAGCAGCAAGUGCAACAGGAGCAGCAGCCGCAGCAGCAACAGACGAAGCAGCAGAAGCAGCACAGGAGGAGAAAGUCAGGGGGGGAUGUGACCGCUGUCGCUGCUGCUGCUGUUGGCGCACAGGCCGGGUUGCCUGCAGGAGGGGAAGGCUUUGCGGGUGGGGGCUAUGCCAAUGGAGGCCAUUCGGGGUUUGCGAAUCCAGGAGGCAACGGUUGGGGCGGGGCUGGUGUGGAGGGGGGGCCUGCAGCACUGUAUGCGUUCCUGCUGGCUGUCCAUCCGCCCCUGAUCUCCAAAUCCGGCAGACAGGUCGUUCGGUGCCAGUGGUGCGCCCAGAUGCUGGCAGUGCCAGCGCAGCUACAGCCGUCACACGAGGGAAGGCAGAGGCUGCGAUGCGGCAAGUGCAUGCGCGUGUCCAAGUAUGCUGUCACUCUGCCGCCUCCCGACAUGCCCGGCCUGCCCCUCCUUAUUCCUGUUGAGAGCGCACAAGAGGGGGCCGUUGCAGCAGCAUCCUUGCCCACAGGCUCGCCAGCCUAUCAUGGCAUGGCGCCACAAGGCAUGCAGCCAAUGCUGCAGCAAGGGUUCCCACACGGAGGUGGUUUUUCAGGUGCCAUGAGUCAACCACAGCAGCUUUCCCAGCAGCAGCAGCAGCAGCAGCAGCAGCAGCAGCAGCAGCAGCAGCAGCAGCAGCCGUUGCAGCAGCAGCAGUUUGGUCAUAUUCAGGGUGGUGGGGGGUUGGGUCCGAUUGGGCAACAGCAGCAACAGCAGCAGCAGCAGCAGCAGCAGCAGCAGCAAUGGGCGAAUGGUGUGCCCCCUUCAGCUGUGAAUGGGGCGGUGCAGCAGUUGAAUGGGAUGGCCCUAUCCAAUGGGGCAGCAGGCGAAGCCGUGCCUUCAGCCAAGCACGUCCGCAAGUCCAGUGGUGGUUCUGACUCUAGUACCAAUGGCGUUUCACCUGCUCUUAGAAUGACUGGCGGUGGGGCUGUAGCAGCAGCAGGAGCAGGAGGGGCAGGAGGAGCAGAAGGAGCAGGAGGAGGAGUGAUGGUAGCAGCGGCUGCAACAGAUGAGAAUGGACAGGAGUUGGUUCCGAGAACAGCAUCAGGGAAGCGGUUUCAGAGGCAGGCACGAGACAUACUGGCAACGAGACGCGUCACUGUGGGCCCGGGCGGCAAGCUGGCCACCGUUCCUUCCUUCCGUGCCACUCCUCAGUCACAGGGUGGGGCAGCAGGAGGAGGGGCGGUGGCAGGAGAUGGUGCUGGUAACGGGGGAGGGGACGUGGAGCUUCGGCGAACAGCAACAGAGAGGAAGGGAGCGAAAGGGGUAGAGGGAGGGGGAGUAGUGGUGCUGAUGCCACGGAGUAGGACGAUGAGUGUGGGUGGGGAUGCGCAGUACCGGAGAAAGGUGGUGGUGAAUGGGGUGCCUGUGCCGGACCAGAGGGUGCUUGUUGCGGAGCAGAGGAUUGGGAAGAUCGAGCCUGGGAAUUACUGGUAUGACUGCAGAGCUGGAUUCUGGGGGCCUGUUGGGAGUGCGUCCUUGGGCGUCAUUCCAGCUUUCAUGCGCGAGCUAGGCAAUGCGCCGAUGUCCAUGGAUUGUUCGGGCGGCAAGAGCAAGAUUCUGGUGAAUGGACGAGAGCUGCACCGGAAGGAUGUCAAGACGCUGGCAGAGAAGGGUUUCCCUGAGACAUUGGGAGGCCGGUACACGCUGGAUGCGGAUGGCACUCUGGUCAAUGAGUUUGGACGAGUGGCGGCUAACCUUGGGAGCCUGUAA